AUGAAGCGAAGGAACGAUUACAAAGUGGCCAUGGCCGAGAGCGUCGAGCUGGAGCCGCUGGGCGGAAUGGAUAAGCUUUCCGAGACCGACAGCAAAAAGCGGAACGGCAUAAACAAAUUCGGUGGCGACAGUUCUUCUCGCCCGGUGCGCGAUGGAGUGGCCGUUUGCUCGCAAAAACGAGCCCUAUUCGUGACGGCGAUCGUGCUGGGAACUUUGCUUGCAACGGCCCUGGUGAUAGCGUACGCAGGUCCACAGACAGUUUGUCCGUGUGCUGGCAAAAUACCCCCCGGUUACGUGCCCGAUGGAUACAACAGCUCGGAACCGUUUUUACCGAUCGCCACCAAUGGGCAACCAUUCCCGUGGUUGCUGCCGACGUUGCCGCUGAACGUGAAACCGAACCGGUACAUUCUGACGAUACAUCCCAACCUGACGACACUGGAUGUAAAAGGGCAAGUAUCGAUAGAAUUGUACGUGGAAAAGGAAACCAACUUUGUGGUUUUGCACGCACAGGAUCUCAACAUAACCGAAAAGGCGUUGGUUGGACCGAAAGGAUUCGCGUUGAAGAUCCUCCGAAUACUCGAAUAUACCCCACGCCAGCAGUUGUACAUCGAAACGCGCGAAAAGCUGCGGAAAAAGGCAAACUACACGCUGAGCAUACGAUGGCACUCCAAGAUGAUACUGGACCAGUUCGAGGGAGAUUUCGAUUUGAAGAAAACGCUGGCGGCGACGGUACUUAAGCCGGGUAGCACCCGAAAAGCGUUUCCCUGCUUCGACGAGCCUCACUUGAGAGCGGCUUUCAAAAUUUCCCUUUUCCGUGACCGGUUCCACAUAGGACUGUCAAAUUCGAUCGUGCAGGAUACCGAUGAUGUUGGGUUUUACAUGGGAACCGGUUUGCUGAGAGACGAUUUUGCCGAAACACCACCACUUCCACCGGACUCGGUUUCGUGGGUCAUCAGUGACUUCAAGCGGGAGCUGCUUGAUCCGUCGUCCAAGUAUCAACGGGUGAAUGUGAGCAACCAAGCGGGUGGAAAAGCGGGUUCAGUUCCAGCAACCAACGGCAAGCCUGCACCAUCGUCGAAGGUUGCCAAAACGGAGAAGAAACCAUUCCGCAACCUGACGGCGGUAUUGCUGUCGAAAAAUUUGUUCAAACUCACCAACAACCUGCCCUCGAAGGAUCCAACACCUAGCGAGACGAACGGCACGGCCAACGCUCUAGACACCGGAAUGGCAAAGGCGAAUGGAUCGAUGCCCCCGGAACAGGAACUGCUUUGGAAUGGUGAAGCACUGGUGGUAAAAACCGCCCCAGCGUACUCGUUCUACGCCCCAGAAACGCACAUCGCCAAGGGUACCUUCAUUCUGCACACAUCCCGAGACAUACUGGAGUACUUGCAGCAGUGGCUCUCGGUCGCGUAUCCGCUAUCAAAACUGGACUUCGUUGCCCUCCCGGCGUUGCUAGAUGACCUGUCCAGCUCGCUCGGGCUGAUCGUGUGUCGGACUUCGUUUCUGAACGAACCAACCGCCAUCUCCUCCAAGGAGUACCACAUGUCGGUCGUGAAGAUAUCCGAGGGUAUCGUAAAGCAAUACUUUGGCGGGCUGAUCUCUCCCAAGACCUGGAAACACAAGUGGCUCUGGGAGGGAUUGAUACGGUAUCUGAGCCGUUUCUUGCUCGCCACCAUUCAACCGCUGUGGCCGAUGAAAGAGCUUUUCCUCAUCGACACGCUCACCAAAGCGCUGGACAUCGAUGCGCUGCAGGGUUGGGAGAGCAUCAACGCUGGCGCUAGCGAAACCGGUGAUAACGAUCCGUUCUACGUGGACAAAUCGGCCGCCUUGCUGUCGAUGCUGCAGUCGGCCAUCGGCGAGCGCAACUUUCGACAGUGUUUAGGGAAAUUUUUGAAAACAUACCAAUUCCAAACGGCCGAACCGGCGGACCUGUGGGCUAUCUGCGCGAAGCAGGUCAACAAUAGUAAGUACGUGCGUGAAAUGAUGAACCAGUGGACCAACACGGCCGCCUUUCCGCUGCUGAACGUAACGAUGAACGGGACCAGCCUGAUUGUGCGGCAGGCGGACUUCCGGCCGGCCGAGUACCUAGCGAUCUACGACGAACCGAUGGAGGAUAUUGAACGAAACGGGCCGGAGUCGACGGACCGAGGCUCUGCGACGUCAACGACGACGACGGUCGCCCCGGCAGGUGAAGCUGCGGGAAAAGCGGGAUCCAGGUGGAUCUUUCCUAUCCAUUACAUUACGGACGUGCUGAACGCGAACGGAACCACCACCAGCGAGGAAAGGGAGCGCGAGCAGCAGAGUUUAACAAUAUGGUUAAACGCAACUGAAGUUACCAUCACGUUAAAUCAUACCGCACAAUGGAUCAAGCUAAACCAUAGGCAGACGGGAUAUUAUCGCGUGCUGUACGAUGAAGCGAAUUGGGCCAAGCUGGUCGAGCAAAUGCAAAUUAAUAAUGCAGUCUUUAGUACACAGGAUCGCGUUGGGCUCGUGUCGGACAUUUUCACACUCUGUCACGCCAAUCUCAUACCAUGUCACGCGGCGAUGGAGCUGAUCUCGUACUUCCCGAAGGAAAAAGAGUGGGGCCCGAUCGUGCUCGGCACAAGCCACUUGGAAAAGUGGCGCAAGAUACUGAAGUACUCCGAGUGUUACCUCGUGCUGGCUGAGUACGUGCGGCAGAAUUUGGCCAAAUCGAUCCAAGUGCUGGGUUGGGAGGACUCCGGUGAGGACGAAGCGAAGCUACUGCGGCCGGUGUUGAUGCUCAGUGCGGCCCUCUGGGAAGAAGCGGACACGAUCAAGUUCGCCAAAGCGCUGGUGAGCAACUUUACCGCGCACGCCGUACCGAUACCGCCGAAUUUGCGCGCCGUAGCCUACAUCGGUUCGGUCCUGUCCGGCGAGUUUCAAUACUGGCAGUUCUGCUGGGAUCGGUACAUAUCCGUGCGUCGCGAGAAAAGUUCCGUGCUGGAGGAACGCAUGGAAUUGUUGCGGGCGCUCGGCGUCACCAAGGAUGCAUGGCUGCAGAACCGGCUGCUGUCGCACGUCAUCACAUUGCCGGUGUUUGAGAUCGUGCAGGUGCUGGAGGCAAUCGCUGGUACGCCGACCGGCGGAGCGAUGGCUUGCCGGUUUCUUCAGGCGAAAUGGUUCGAUUUCCAGUCCAAGCUUGGUCGCGGUACGGUUCAUUUCGCGCGCGUUAUAUCCGCCAUCACGCAGUACGGUUCGACUAAGUUUGACUACGAUGAGCUAAAAUCACUGGUAGACAGAUUUGGAGAUGGACCUGGGCUGAAACUUCUCAACAUGACGCUCAGCACGGUGGCAGCCAACGUCGAAUGGGUCAGUCGUUCGCAAGCAUCCAUAUACAGCUGGAUCGAGAACAAAUAUCACUUUUGAUUUCAGAAACGAGCAAUAGCGGAUAGCUUGUAGGUUUUGUUCUCCUUCUAGUCCAAGAUUUUUCAUCUAUACUGCGAAACUUUUUUUCCUUUAAUUAAACUACUUAUUUUAGUGUUGGAUGCUAAAAGGGGGGGACGCGUAUGACAAAGGAUUAGGAAAAAAAAAGGAAAAAAGAAGAGCAGGGCGAAUGAGUAAAUGAGAGAAAACAGAGCGUGGAAAACGAAGGACAAUGUCGAUGACAAGAAACCAGAAACGCAAGGAUGCAUUUAUCGUAGUACAAUCUCAAGACUCCUUUUAUAGAUACCAAGAGGACGGCGCGUGCAGGUGGCGAAGUGUUCUUCAAUCUUCCACUGUCUACGUUUAGGUAUAUAGGUGUAAAUAUAUAUUCUAUAACAUAUAAGUUACCAAAGAAUGCAAAGAAUAGUUUGUGUGAUCGACAAUUUAUAUCGUAUAUCUCGCCAGUAACAUAAGGAACACAUAGCGAAAGGACGCGUAAAUCAUACCAAAACCAAACACAAAAAAAACCUGCAACAUGAAAUGAUAGCGAAAAUGAGGGGCAGCACGAUGGCAACAGCUAACCCCCUGGUGUGUUGUUUUAAUUGUGCGUUUAGCUGUUUCUAGGCUGUUUUUGUGCUGAAUAUAUACUGCUAGGUGCAAACAACCCAGUUUUGGACUCGGAAAUACUCCCCAACAAGCGAAGUGCAUGGAUUAGGUGAAGAGGUGAAGCACAGAACGAUGAUGAUCUGAUCGGCAUGAAACAAAAUGAGCAAUCCUAUGUUUGGUGUUUGGUGUUACUCCACCAGAAUUCCACCGUUUAGCAGCAGUGAUUUAGGUUCAAUAUGAAUAAUCAGUGGUCAGUAUUGGGUUAGCACAUAUAUCUCUCAGACUCAUGUAUUUUCUUUCCAUAAAAGCGAUACAUUGAAGGAGCCGCGCAUACCAUGG